CAAAGUGCGAAGUACUAUUGUUUUUAGCAACACUGGACCUAUAAAAACUGCACGCCUCAAACUAACUCAUCAGUUCGACUUCAAAGCUUGCAAAGAUGAAGGCAAUUUUUGUGUUCCUUGCGCUCAUCGGCCUUAGCUUUGGUGCUCCCAGUCAGGUGCAUCACAAACAUGUCCCCAGAAGCCUGAUUGAUGACCUACAAGACUUUUUGGAUCUCCUCCCAAUUGAUGACAUCGAAGCUAUCGCUGCCGAACAUUUGCAAACAGAUGGGGCUUUCGCCGCUGUCGUGAUCUACCUUCAAGGACCAGAAUGGGCUGCACUUGUCGAUGAAGUCGGUGCCAAGCCGGCCGUUCAAGAUUUUAUCCAAUACCUCACCGAUGCUGGUCUCCCAGUUACCGACAUCAUUGAUUGGAUCCACAAUCUCAUCGCUGGUGCUGCUCCUGGAAUCGAACCUGAUGAAAAUGGUUCUCUCAGACCUCUCCUCGAUGAAAUCGAAGCCAUCAUCCCUGUCGACGAUCUCGUUGCUUUGUUGAACGACAAACUCCAAAACAGCCCUGACUUCCAGGAUUUGUACACUAAAGUGUCCAGCGAGGAUGCCCAUGCUCUGGUUGAAGAAGUUCGUGCCAUCGAUGAAGUUCAACGCCUUGCUCAACGUCUUAGAGAUUUCGGUGUCAAAGUCGAUGAAACUUUGGCUGUCAUCUACGAAUUCUUGGGUUGGGGUGCACCAGUUUUCAAGAAAGCUCCCAGAAGUUUGAUUGAUGACCUACAAGACUUUUUGGAUCUCCUCCCAAUUGAUGACAUCGAAGCUAUCGCUGCCGAACAUUUGCAAACAGAUGGUGCUUUCGCCGCUGUCGUGAUCUACCUUCAAGGACCUGAAUGGGCUGCACUUGUCGAUGAAGUCGGUGCCAAACCUGCCGUUCAAGACUUUAUCCAAUACCUCACCGAUGCUGGUCUCCCAGUUACCGACAUCAUUGAUUGGAUCCACAACCUCAUCGCUGGUGCUGCUCCUGGAAUCGAACCUGAUGAAAAUGGUUCUCUCAGACCUCUCCUCGAUGAAAUCGAAGCCAUCAUCCCUGUCGACGAUCUCGUUGCUUUGUUGAACGACAAACUCCAAAACAGCCCUGACUUCCAAGAUUUGUACACUAAAGUGUCCAGUGAGGAUUCCCACGCUCUGGUUGAAGAAGUUCGUGCCAUCGAUGAAGUUCAACGCCUUGCUCAACGACUCAGAGAUUUCGGUGUCAAAGUCGAUGAAACUUUGGCUGUCAUCUACGAAUUCUUGGGUUGGGGUGCACCAGUUUUCAAGAAAGCUCCCAGAAGCCUGAUUGAUGACCUACAAGACUUUUUGGAUCUCCUCCCAAUUGAUGAAAUCCAAGCUAUCGCUGCCGAACAUUUGCAAACAGAUGGUGCUUUCGCCGCUGUCGUGAUCUAUCUUCAAGGACCUGAAUGGGCUGCACUUGUCGAUGAAGUCGGUGCCAAGCCGGCCGUUCAAGACUUUAUCCAAUACCUCACCGAUGCUGGUCUCCCAGUUACCGACAUCAUUGAUUGGAUCCACAAUCUCAUCGCUGGUGCUGCUCCUGGAAUCGAACCUGAUGAAAAUGGUUCUCUCAGACCUCUCCUCGAUGAAAUCGAAGCCAUCAUCCCUGUCGACGAUCUCGUUGCUUUGUUGAACGACAAACUCCAAAACAGCCCUGACUUCCAGGAUUUGUACACUAAAGUGUCCAGCGAGGAUGCCCAUGCUCUGGUUGAAGAAGUUCGUGCCAUCGAUGAAGUUCAACGCCUUGCUCAACGUCUUAGAGAUUUCGGUGUCAAAGUCGAUGAAACUUUGGCUGUCAUCUACGAAUUCUUGGGUUGGGGUGCACCAGUUUUCAAGAAAGCUCCCAGAAGUUUGAUUGAUGACCUACAAGACUUUUUGGAUCUCCUCCCAAUUGAUGACAUCGAAGCUAUCGCUGCCGAACAUUUGCAAACAGAUGGUGCUUUCGCCGCUGUCGUGAUCUACCUUCAAGGACCUGAAUGGGCUGCACUUGUCGAUGAAGUCGGUGCCAAACCUGCCGUUCAAGACUUUAUCCAAUACCUCACCGAUGCUGGUCUCCCAGUUACCGACAUCAUUGAUUGGAUCCACAACCUCAUCGCUGGUGCUGCUCCUGGAAUCGAACCUGAUGAAAAUGGUUCUCUCAGACCUCUCCUCGAUGAAAUCGAAGCCAUCAUCCCUGUCGACGAUCUCGUUGCUUUGUUGAACGACAAACUCCAAAACAGCCCUGACUUCCAAGAUUUGUACACUAAAGUGUCCAGUGAGGAUUCCCACGCUCUGGUUGAAGAAGUUCGUGCCAUCGAUGAAGUUCAACGCCUUGCUCAACGACUCAGAGAUUUCGGUGUCAAAGUCGAUGAAACUUUGGCUGUCAUCUACGAAUUCUUGGGUUGGGGUGCACCAGUUUUCAAGAAAGCUCCCAGAAGCCUGAUUGAUGACCUACAAGACUUUUUGGAUCUCCUCCCAAUUGAUGAAAUCCAAGCUAUCGCUGCCGAACAUUUGCAAACAGAUGGUGCUUUCGCCGCUGUCGUGAUCUACCUUCAAGGACCUGAAUGGGCUGCACUUGUCGAUGAAGUCGGUGCCAAGCCGGCCGUCCAAGACUUUAUCCAAUACCUCACCGAUGCUGGUCUCCCAGUUACCGACAUCAUUGAUUGGAUCCAUAAUCUCAUCGCUGGUGCUGCUCCUGGAAUCGAACCUGAUGAAAAUGGUUCUCUCAGACCUCUCCUCGAUGAAAUCGAAGCCAUCAUCCCUGUCGACGAUCUCGUUGCUUUGUUGAACGAUAAACUCCAAAACAGCCCUGACUUCCAAGAUUUGUACACUAAAGUGUCCAGUGAGGAUUCCCACGCUCUGGUUGAAGAAGUUCGUGCCAUCGAUGAAGUUCAACGCCUUGCUCAACGUCUUAGAGAUUUCGGUGUCAAAGUCGAUGAAACUUUGGCUGUCAUCUACGAAUUCUUGGGUUGGGGAGCACCAGUAGUCAAAAUAUCUCUCAGGAGCUUGAUUUAUCGUGUGUAAUUUAAAAAAGCAUUUGUUCAUUACCCUGCAGAAUAAAUAAUUGUUUUUUCA